AUGGAAAGUCCCCGACCCCAACCAUUUCGCUGUCACUCCCGUACUGUCACAGUUAUGUCAUAUGAUCGUGCCAGCUCGUACAUUAGUACUGCACUAUUCCUGCAAGUAAAACCACAAGCAAACAGCUUUCCUGGUGGUGGUGGUGGUGGUGGUGGUGGUUGUGUUGUUGGUGGUCUGGUGAAUGAAAUGGCAGGGAAUGAUUGGAUAAACAGCUAUCUUGAAGCAAUUCUUGAUGUGGGUCCUGGCUUAGAUGAAAAGAAAUCGUCUCUUUUGCUUAGAGAAAGAGGCAGGUUUAGCCCAACUCGUUAUUUUGUCGAAGAAGUUGUUUCUGGAUUUGAUGAGACCGAUCUUCAUCGCUCAUGGGUUCGGGUAUGUUCUUAUUAA